AUGGCUAGCUACUCGACUCCUUCUUCCUCGCCUCCUCCAACUCCCUCGGGCCGCCGGUUGAGAAUUUGUGCCCGAAAUUGUGAGCGUGCGUGCUGCACCGUUGCCACCUACUUCCCCCUGGCCUUCGUCUACGGUUUAACUACAUGGGCUGUUUGGGUGGUGACAACGAUUGGGUUUGGUAAAAACAAGUCAAAACAUGUAUGGUGGUUAAUUCAAGGGGUUUCAUUAUUGGGCAUAAUCCUUUAUGGCCUGGCUAAUUUGUCAUACACCAUUGCCGCCUUCACGGACCCGGGUUCGCCCUUGAACUCAGCGACGGAUUCACCGAACCAAAGGCAAGGGAGAUAUUCGAUGCUUCCAACCAAUGAGCCAUCGGGCCACUUGGGGGAUAUCCAGAAUAUCACCGUUUCUUCCACAGGGGCUCCUCGAUAUUGCAAAAAAUGUCACACUCCCAAGCCGGACCGAACGCAUCACUGCUCGACGUGCAAGCGAUGUGUGUUGAAGAUGGAUCAUCACUGCCCUUGGCUGUCAACUUGCCUGGGUCUGCAUAACUACAAAGCUUUUGUGUUGUUUCUCAUCUACACAUCUCUGUUUUGCUGGGUAUGUUUUGCCAACUCAGCUUGGUGGAUGUGGAAGGAGCUUUUCGAGCAAAGUGGUUAUUUGGAAGAGGUUGCUCCCGUGAAUAUAAUUCUUCUUUCCGUGGUGGCCGGGAUUAUUGGCUUGGUGUUGACCGGAUUCACUGGGUGGCACAUUUACCUUUGUGUUAAAGGGCAGACCACGAUUGAGAAGCUUGAAAAGACUCGAUAUCUGAGUGGCAUAAGGAGUCGUGUGGAGAGGAACCGACAAGAACAACAAUUCAAUCAUCACAGACGGACCUCCGAGGGAGUUGCCGAAAGACUUCAACGGGCCGGUGAACAGAUUCUCGAAUUUCACGCCAAUGCUGUACCCGGAGCCUCGCGAUACGAAGAAGGUGAAGAGCACACUUCACCGGUUCCCAGGAUCCAUAAGUUAGUCCGUCCUCACCCUCCUUAUCCUCAACACCCAAACUUCUAUACCGACGAUCAUGUCGGCAACGAUAACAGUGAUGAUACCCCGGCACUUCGUGCUCUGCGCAGGGCAUACUCUUCCAUCGAAGCCGAGCGCGAACGCGAUCGAUACGCAGAAUAUCUCGACGAGCACGAAUCAGAGAAGAUGCCCAAUGCAUUUGAUCUAGGCUGGCGUCGAAAUCUAAAGCACUUGUUUGGCCCUAAUCCGCUUCUCUGGUGGUUGCCUGUAUGUAACACUACCGGCGAUGGCUGGCGGUGGGAAGUCAGUGAAAAAUGGAAGGUGGCACAUGAAGAAGCCGGGAGGAGGAAAGAAAGGAGAUUGGAAGCGAUGAUGGACCAACCAGGGACGGCUUCCGGACAUGGUGUGAGGAUAAGAGGUGGUGCUGGCCCUGGAUGGUACGAAAGGGAUCGUCAUGGUGAUUACGGCCAUUCUUAUGACUCACGAAGCGCAAUGUUCAUGAAGACACUGAAUCACAAUCACAAUCCCACUCAAGCUCAGCAAUGGGCAGGAGAAUAUCCGCCUUCUGACUCAUCGGGCGAGGCAUCGGAUCGAGGCAGAAGGAGACAUAGACGAGAUUUCGACCAAGCGGAACCAAAUGGGCAACUUGAGUCGUUCCAAGUCAGCAGUAGUAGCAGCAACAGCACCAGCGACGAUGAUAAUGAUGAAGAUAGUGAUUCGGACAUCGGAUAUGAUGACGACCGUGCAGAGAGGGGGUGGGAGAGAAGGAAUCGUGCAAGCAUAGGCAUAGGAAGGAGAUGA